AUGAAUUUUAUUUUUUACAUAUACUCUAUUACCAUAGGCCUAUUUGUUUUACUGGCUUUCAGUAUAAACCCUUCCACACAAUUUAUACCGAGCGGCAGAAAUAAAACAGCAGAAGAACACAGCCUAAACUUCCAGAAGAUUACAGACUCAAUCUACAAAAAUAACAAGUAUCUAGAAAACUUAGAAGAAAGGCCAAAUACUAUACACCCGUACACAGUCCCUCUAAUGCCGAUGCUCCAAGCAAAACUAGAAAGAAUAAAGCACCAAUACAAGCUGCCGUACUCCUCAAAUCCAAUAAACAGCUCCUCUCUGCUACUCGAUACCCUCGGUGAAAAUAGUAGCACAAUAGACACAAAUACUUAUGUGCAUAGAAAUGAUACCUUUCCUGCACUGAAUUGUACCUCAAUGAGCCCAGAUAGAGUAAAAGUUUCUGGCUUUAAUCUGACUCUACCAAAUACUCGUCCAUUUGAGAUAAACUCCCUCGGCCCUUCCCUCUUUAAAUUCAACCACACAGACUCUAGUACAGUUUAUUCUUUCUACUCAAAGCCGAGCUCAGCCCAAAACUAUCUAUUUGAUGUAGUAUACUGCAUCAAGUACAACGAGGAUAAAAAUGCCAGUAUUCCGCUGAAAACCACAGAAACAAAUGUUACACAGAUCAGUUUUAGCAAAAACAGCACAAACAUAGAGUUUAUUGCAGGAGAAAGACUAAGAGCAUUCAACAAUACUAAACUAAACGAUCUGCUAGAUAUGGCGCAGAAAAACAGCAAAAGACUUCAGACAUCUGGUAUAACCCAAGAAGAGAUAUAUAUUGCUAGGGUUGUACGAACAGAUGAUAAGAGCAACUUGGCCAGUAUAGUUAUCCACACCACCAUUAGCUUCAAAUACAAUAAAAUAGUCCUCCUCAAAGACACAGAGAGCCCAUACACCACCUAUUUCGUCAGGGUGGGCGAUAGUGCAAAAAAAGAGAUUCUAUCAGUCUGCAUGGCAAAGACAUACUGCCGCAAAAAAAAUAGAAAAACAGUGCCCAUACAGGUGGGCUACAAUGAAAAAAAAGAAAAAAUAGUUACACUGGGCAUUAAACAGCUUCUAGAGGAUAGAAUCACCCAAGAAACCUCAGAUGCACUGGGAACAAAAUGGACAGAGAUUGAGGCCUACAUGGCAGAGAUAUACUUCCCUUUGUUUGAAAUAAACGCAGAAAACUACCCAGUGUCAAACAGCCUGCAGGCGGUGGUGAUAAAAGAGCCCAGCCUAACAUCUUUGGAAAACAAGAAAAGCUACAACCUUUUUUCUCGGUACAGCAAUCAGCUCGUAUGCGGUCUUUUUGGAGUCACGCAGGCAAAGAGUCUAAGCGAGCCCAUCGUCAAUGCGCACACAGCCCUGCACAACAAUAGAACUCUAGAAAACCAUCUAAGAGCAAUUUCAACACUGCUCGGGAGCAAGUACAAAGUUGAUCUGUCCAAAGUAAAUACCCAGUCAUCGAUUGACUUCAGCCUAGAGUUUCCUCUUCCAAUCAGCCCGUAUUCACUGGACAGCUAUUUGAGCUUCAUAAACACCUCCGAGUACAACUCUAACUACUAUCUAGACGGCUGCCUUCCCAUCCACAUAGACAGAGCGUUUCUCUUUUUCUUGGAGUACGAUGUGGAGCUAAAUAACCACAAUAGCCUCAUGAAGAUCAUGUACUACAACAAGCCAUUCCAGCUCACGCAGAGCUCUAGACAGAUGACUGCCUCAGAGGAAAACAAGGCCGACAUAUUCACGGAAAGAACAACCUAUCUUGCGCUGCUAAAUAUCGCAAUCAGCCUUAAAACAGAGCUCAUCCUGCAGCAGAUAAAAAAUCUGCAAGAAUACAGGCUGACAUACAGAUCUUUUUCAGAGCUCGCAUCGAGCAGUAUACUGUCCCGCAGCAAAGGAUCUCUCCGCGCAUACAUCUCAUACACGAUGAGCAUCUUCAAAAACAGCAUUCACUUGAAGUGGAAAGAGUUUUCUGCUCUGAAAGAGUCUAUAAAGGAAACACUGAAGAAAUACGACUUCUCGCAUCUGACUCAGUUUCUGAGAGAGCAUAACAAGGCAGGGAACCGUGUCUUUGAUGGCAACCUAGUCUUUCUGAAGCAAUAUCCAGACUCGCAGAAAAUCCAGCAGGAUGUAUUUAUGCUGGAAAAGCUUUCAGAAAUGGUUGCAGCAUCUAUAAAUAUCAGUAUUGAUUUCUACGAGAAAAACCUGAAGGAUCUCAUGCUGUUCUUAAGCAAUCCUGUCUCUCGCCAGUACCAGCUGAACAUACUCGAUCUAACCGAAAUCAGAGACUUUGUAAAAGAAGACAUGUGGUAUGCGUAUCUGCUUAAAGCAAAUGAAGGCAGAAUAGGCCUGUCUCUGGAGGCUCUUCUCGUUGACAGAAUCUUCGUCGCAUACGACAACUUUCUAAUACUCAUAAACCACUACAUGGAUCUCUUGGCUGCUAAAGCGUAUGAGGAUGCCAACAACUAUAGCACGGAUGCAGAAGCUGCCAAGGCAAUGGAAAGAUUCAUUGUCUACAUCGACAGCUAUUUAGACAACAUGCUGGAAGAUAAAAUCAAGGCACACGCGCUGCAAAAUGACUAUUUUGUUGCUCUCAGUUCAAAGCUAGAGGUAAAGGACAUCUCCCUGCUCAAGAAAAGGCUGUCCAGUGUCAUUAGCGAAUUUAGCCAAAUAGUGCAAGAUCCCAGCAGCCGUUACAGUAGAUUCUCUGACUGGAUGCCGCCUCAUAUACAAAAAAUAACCAUUGGAGAGCUUUACAAAGGAAACAGCACAAACAAUUUCCAAAGCUCAAGAAGCACUCGAUCCACCCCACAGACAUAUGAGAGACUGCGCCCAAAAUGCAGCUCGCGAAUGAAGUCCAUAAUGCUUGACAUUGUCCAAAAGCAAACAGCGUGUACUAACUACACUAAACUAGUUACAGAAAAGAGCCUAGAGAACAGAGUGCUAGACCAUGACAUAAAGUUCAUUGAAAACACUAAGUGGUUUGUGCUUAACAAAGUGCUAGAUGAUAUGUUUGCAAGUGUUGCUGCCAGUGCACAUUUAAACACAACUGAAAAGUCGGAAAUGUGCGAUAGCUUCCUGCUCUCUACAAAGAGCUCAAAGAUUGCAGAAGCAUUGUACACCAUUGCAAGAAUAUCCGAUGCCCAGACCGAGAAGGAAGAAAAAAUGAAAAAAGGCAUCGACCAUAUCCACCCUGAGAAAAGAGCAACCGAGCUUGCAGUAAGACGGGCUGCAGGCAUGAUCUCACACAUCGUUUCCAAAAGACUAGGCAUCAAGGACAAUGACAUAAAAGUGCUCAAGCACAAACUAAAGAAAAUGUUCACUUCUGUAUACAACAGCUACGAAAGUGAGUUAAGAGAGCUGAAAAUAAAAAGCCACAAAAACUUUUUGGACAAAUGCAACAUAGAGAAGGGAAGCCCGGAGUACCAUAGCAUCCAGACGGGACAGAAUCAGAUUCUAGAGUCUCUAAGGAACGCCGAGGUUUUUAUCGAUCGGCUUGCAAGAUCAAUGAAUAGCAAGAACACAGAGAAAAAACAGCCUGGGGAAGCUAUAGAGUAUUUUGCCGAGAGCAUGGAUGCAAUCCAAGCAAAAGCGCCAAGCCAGAAAAAAAAUACCGAUCUAGCUGCUGACUAUGACUGGAAAGUUGGCGCUAAAGAAAUACACAGAAUCUUGGAGAGCAUUCAAAUAAAAGGUGUGCUGUUGGCUAGUGAAAUUGAAAACAUCCUCUACAACUUACGAACGUGCAACGAGAAUAUGGCCCUUUUGAAUGAGGAAAUAAACAUCGCUGAAAUGGAAAAUGAGAACUAUAAUAGCGAUGAACUAGAUGAAGAUGAGUCUGCAGAAGCUAAAACAGCAGAAGAUAGAGCUGAUGCACAGGAUGACAACAUUCCCAGGUCCAUGAAAAUAAAAGUAGACCCUGACAAUAGCAUUGAUAUCCCUGAUAAUAGUAUAAAUGAAGAAGAAUAUGAAAUGUACAAUCCAACAGCACCUGAUUUUGACGAUGACUCUGAUGAUUACUCUGACGAUGAUUCUGAGAAAGUAGCGAAUUAUGAUGAUAUGUAG